CAAAUGAUAUUCAAUAGUGAGAACGAUUAGGACGUCAGAAGCUAGUGCGAUAACACGACAGACCCUAAGUGGACACGGUAAUCACCAGACCCUUGGGUUAUCAGCAAGCAACGAGCCGGUGUGGCAAGGUUAAUUUCAACCUUACUCUAAAUCCAGGCUGUCUAACGACCACGAGAUGACGACACGAGCCGUGUUAUACAUCACCUUGAUAGCUGUACACCUUUUUGUCGCCGUUUCCGGUGAGAAGAAAUAUGCAUUUACUCUGACAUAUCCUGAUGGGUUCAACAUCUCAAUUAAUAACAUUACGAUAUUUCAGCAUUCGAGACAGAACCCUAUGAUAUACGUAGGGGAAGGACACACAAAUUUCCUUGGUGGACUUGGAAAUUUCCAUAUCAACAAUGUAAUUCAGGACCGAAUUCCUCUCCGGACAUUUGAGCAUAUUACUACUGCGGAUAAAAAUUACGUGUUGUUCAAGUACAGCGGGGAUGAGUUCCUGUGUAACGUAACGUUCGAGUCGACUUCCGACAGUGACCUUGUGGUGUCGACAGUAGAUGUGGGAAGCACUCCCUAUCAGUACCUGUGGCUGAGGGUAGUUGCAGAACAGACCGAGAAGGUGUUCGGGGGUGGGGAGCAGUUCUCUCACUUUAACCUCCGAGACAGGACGUACAUGCCACCAGAGAUCGUUACAGUUCUGCGCGCGGACGAUCUCAAGUACCCCAUCUGGACAAGGGAACAAGGUGUUGGCAGGGACAAGAGUAACCUCGUGACGUAUUACGCGGACCUGAAGACAGGAGGCGGUGGUGCCUUCCACACGACAUAUUACCCCCAACCUUCUUAUGUGAGCACACGAAAGUACUACCUUCACUACAAGGACACUAACUACAUGGUACUCGACUUUAGCUCCCCUACCUACCACGAGAUCUUCGUCAAGGGUAUAGUUGGAAAGUUCUACUUCAAAACGGCCGAUACCAUGCUCGCGCUGGUACAGUCACUGUCUCAGUUCCAGGGCCGCAUGCCUGCACUCCCGGACUGGGUAACUUCAGGCAUUACAAUAGGGGUUCAAGGAGGAACUGACACGAUGUUGGCAAGACUGAAGACGGUUCAGGAUGCCGGUAUAAAGGUGAAUGGACUUUGGAUUCAGGAUUGGUCCGGCGACAUCCACACCUCAUUCGGAAAAAGAGUCUUUUGGAACUGGAAACUCAACACUACUCUCUAUACCAAAUGGAACGAGACCAUUGCCGACCUGCAGAAACAGGGCAUCCGGGUUCUUGCCUAUGUCAACCCAAAUCUCAACAAAGACGGCGACUUAUUUAAGGAUGCAGACAGUAAGGGUUACUUCAUUAAGGACCCCAAGACGGACAAGACCCUCCUUACGAACUUCGGGGAGUUCUUUUGUGGCUCUAUUGACUUUACCAACCCAAACGCCUUCUCUUGGUAUAAAGACACUAUUUUGAGGAAGAACAUGAUAGAUAUCGGUCUAGGCGGAUGGAUGGCAGAUUUCGGAGAGUAUCUUCCAACAACAGCCAAAUUUUUCACUGGGUCUGGAGAAACGCUUCAUAACAGAUGGCCGCUCUAUUGGGCGCAGAUGAACAGAAUUGCGAUACAGGAAUCCGGAAAGGAAGGCGAGGUGGUGUUCUUCAUGAGAUCAGGAUAUUCAGGUAUUUCCAAUUUCACGACGUUGAUGUGGGCGGGAGACCAGAAUGUCAAUUUUGACGUUGCGGAUGGCCUAGCCUCCACUGUUGUGGCAGCACUCUCUGCCGGGGUUUCAGGAAUAGGGAUGACUCACUUUGACAUAGGAGGGUACACCACCUUUGCCAGCAUGGGACUCAAGCGUACACCUGAACUUCUCAUCAGAUCUGGCGAAAUGGCUGUCUUCACGCCGUACAUGCGCACACACGAAGGUAACCAGCCUGAGGCUAACAUACAAGUAUACUCCAACAAAUACAUACUUCAACACUUUGCGCGUCUUUCCAAGGCGCACAGUCUUCUUGCAAACUACACAAGGGCCGCCGUGGCAGAGUACAUACAGAACGGGACUCCAGUGCAGCGUCCCAUGUUCUUCGUAGACCAGACUGAAAAAAGCUAUGCAGCAAUGUACCAGUAUAUGUAUGGUCCUGACCUGGUGGUAGCCCCGAUCGUAACUCAGGGAGCAACUUCCAGGGAUAUCUACCUCCCACAAGGAACGUGGAUAAACAUAUGGGACGAAGGCGAAUAUGCCGGUUAUGAUAAAUACAUUAAUAUGUCGGCACCCCUCGGGAAGCCAUUGGUAUUUUAUAAUAACGAGAGUAAAUAUAAAAACGUAUUUAAAUGUUUUAAACAGCUACCAGCCCCGCCCACUCCUCCACCCACUCCUCCCACAACGCCAACGCCUGUAGCUCCCUGCGUAAACAAGGGAGCAGCGUUCGGUUCCGGAGUUUGGUGGAUCCUCCUUACAGUGUUUACUGUUAUUUCGUACCUCUGAGGAACUGUAUAGAGAUGUUCAACGACAAUGGAAUCAAAUGCAUCACUGAAGUGUCAGAUAAUGGUGAUGCUAGACACUUUGGAUACAAGCGUUUUAAGUCAGACCACAGAACUGAACGAAAUUAUCAAACAGUACAUCUGUUAACAUGUCAUCUUGGCUUUGUUGAACAUUGUUAUUACGAACACCCACGUUUCCUUGAAAAGUGGUAACUACAUGUAUUUUUGUUGCAACAUUAUGUGUCGUGUGUUACCGUGUUAUCAGUAUAUCAAAGCCAUCCAUCAUAGAUGUCAUAUUACAUACGCGGCUUUUCACCAUUAUAAUAGAUAGUGGAGGUCUAAAUGGAAACCACGCCAUAAACAUCAGUUUCUUUUAAAGCCAAGUCAUCAUCACGUUAUAGUAGGAACAUCAAUCUACGUCACUGGACAACACCAUAACCUGAGUCUUUGCUUUUACCUAUAUUUAGAAAUAAAUCUUGUGUUAAAGUGUCAAUUUUGAGAAGAAUAUGGAACAAGGAACUUUAAAGGGUCCACCAGAAAGUGGAAUAAUUGUGAUUGUAAUGUAUUUUUAAUUUUUAAUUUUCAGCUUUUAAUUUUUUUUUAUCUUUAAACAAUGUCGCUUUACCGCAGUAACCCUACUUCUAUCCAUACCACUAUCCAUCGCUGGUAUUCAUUUUAAGAUUUUGUUUCAUUUAUUUUUCCCCAAGAAUUAGAUUUUCAUGUUAUAUUAUUUAUCAAAUGGUUUACCGUGUGAAUACAAAAUGUACGACUUCAUGCAGAAUUGAAACCUAUUGUUUUUAUAGCCCCUCUUUUCAUGGGGGACGUAAGUUGACUAUUUCACACAGACGCGGCAUAAAUAAAAGAAAGUCGGACACAG